AUGGCGACGGCGGCGCACCUUAUAUCAGCCACUACCAUGACUGGAGGCCCCCACAAUCAGAGCUUUAGCAAAUCACUGGCGCCCGUGCUGGACGAAGAGCAGCGCCGCUGUGUGAAUGCGGCGUACCACAUCAGCUUUCACCGAGACCCUCGCGUGAAGCUGAAGCCGACAGCGGUGGUGCUCCCUAACGGCGUGCAUUUCCUCAUUGUCGACCGCUUUGUCAGCGGCAACUGUGACGGGGUUUAUGAAAAGAACAAAAAGAUGUGGGAGCACAUCCCCGUUGGGCAGGCUUGCGUGUUCGCUCGUACACCUGUAGCAGUGCCGGCUCUCUCACUGGGAAAGUCAGCACAUGAGGGCUGCGAAGGCAGCGGCGCAGACCCCAAGGCGAUUGCUGCAUGGCCGUGCCCUCGAAGGUCGGGCUCACCCAUCCCCGUCGCCGUGAGUUCUCCAUCCUGCUCACCUCCAAUCGCACCACUGCCGACAGCGAACGCAUUCGGUUCGAGCAGCCAGUCAAAUCGGUGGGACUCGUCGUUGCCACAGCAGCACGCCUUUCACAGUGAGUGGACGCGAGUGGCGAGUGCCGUCGGGCUUCGUAAGAUGGGCCACUGGCGCGAGGCGACGAGCGUCUUCUCGAUUCACAAGGAGGUGUCCAAGACGGCGAUUGCCCUCGAGAAGGUGGACGGCGAGCCAGGCCGCAUCGCAGCCUUCUCGUGGCUGGGCGAGCACUAUUGGAUCAUUGGGUCUCGCUACCAGCACAUCGUGACGCGGCUCAACAUACCCGAGGUGGACCUGAUGCAAUACUCGGUCUCCAGCAUCAGCUCGGCGUCGACUCCGUCAUCGUCGUCAUCAUCUGCCUCUGAAGACGCUGCCGUGUCGGCGAUGGCGUCUUCUGCAGGGCAGCCCUAUGCGUCGUCCAGUGGCAACUCACCUACACAAAACCCUCACGACUACGUGGAGCAAAGCAGCGUGCACAGUAGCACCAUCGCAGGUGGGGCUGCCGCACUUGCUGGCAGCGGGGCAUCGUCGGAGGCAGCGUACCUGGGCCUCGCGGUUCGAAUGGCGCGCAUGUGGCGACACGUGUUGGAGUCACUGCACAUCAUCACAGAGGACGUGGCGAGGGCACCUAACACCGCAUCCGCUAGUGACGCCACUACCGCUGCCACAAGCACAGAUGUACUAAGAGAGCUGCACGCAUGUGUGGCUGCAGAUAACCGCAGCUUAUGCUUUGACGUCAUUGUGUCGGGCUGGGAGCGCUUACAGAACUUUGUGACUGCCCGUGACUCCCCGGUCGACCAGCCCACGGUUGCCACUUCCACGCCUGUGUCCUGCACAUCUAUCGGCACCUAUCGAACCAACUCUACUGCCUUCAUGAUGAUAUCGACACCCGUAACAGGUGACAGCAGUGCCCCCUCUUCCACAGGCGCGGCAGUGUCCGUUUCCAUUCCCAUGUGGUUCUACGCCAUCACGUGGGACGCCUCGCUUGACGAGCGCGGAUGGUGCAUGGGCGUCAAGGAAGCGUUUGCUUUCUUUGAGCGCUUCCGGCUACCGACUGUGGCGAAGUCUGCUGACGUCCAGCUUGGCUCACCCGAGUACGAGGCGCUGCGGCAGUCGGUGCUCUCGCGCUGCGAUACCGCGGGUGCCGUGAUGUACGGGUGGUGCAGCGACGAGACAGACGGUGGGAAACCGGCACUGGUGGUACAAGUGUGGAAGUGCCGUGCCUACCCGCAUUCCCUCGAGCGAACCGUGCAGGAGUACGUCGUAACCCACCGCCUCUGUGGCGAGCCGCUGCGGUGCAAGGUGAAGAAGAAGGUAAGCAGCCUCUCCCGCGAAGUUCGGCUGCGCAUCAAGCAAUGGGAACUUCGUCGACUUCCCUUUCUGCUCGACUUCGCGCUGUGGCUACAUCGGGAGAAGUACAUUACACCGUCAACGGACCUCGUCGCUCUCAAAGUCAUACGUGGCCACUGGCUGUCAUACCAAGAGCGGUUUCAGGCAAUGCUAGAGACGCAGCUACAGCAGCGGCAUCGUGGCUCUAGUCGUCAGGGAACAACAGCGUCUGUGCCCGAGGUGGUGCGCGUCCGUCACGGAACUGGGGCCGACGCCACCGACAGCAGGCAUUGCAGCGGAAGGUGUGACAACGCAGAUGGCGAUGCAGAGAAUAGUGAUCGCUAUCUUCAGGUGCAGAGGGAACAGGACGAUGAGUCGUUGCACGAUGCGGAGAGUCUCGACCCCAUUAUACUGGUAGGCCCACAAGGCUGUGGUAAGUCCACCAUGGCUCGCACCUUGUACGCUCUCUUGGAGGAGGCGGGCGCGGCACCUCGCUGGCUCAAUCAGGACGAGGUGGGAAACCGGUCCGCUUAUUUGACCGCAAUACGGCACACCGUGAUGCAGGGCGGCUACAGCCAUCUCCUACUCGACAAGAUGAACCUGGACGACAAGUCGCGCUCUGACUACGCCGCUGUGGGCCUUAAACCGGUCCUCGUUGUGGCCUGGACGCACACGCAAGGUGUAGAGGCGAUGGUGGAGACGUGUUACGAGAGGUUGGUGAAACGCGGCGUGCGUCAUCGCACCUUCUUCCCCGAGGAUGUGGCGCCGCUGAACCCGUCGCCUUCGCCCGUGCCAUCGCGCUCGUCGGAGCUGGACCCGACGGUCUCGCCGCUGCUGCAGGGCCACCUCUCCUCUCUCAGCAUCAGCGUCGACACCCCAGCGGCGCCGUCGGGCACGGUGCCUCUCUCCUCCGCGAGAACGGGUCACUGCGUGUGUUCGCUAAGCGUGCCGUCUCCCGCUGGACGUUCGUCGCCGCCGCCAUCGUCGCGGCUGCGCGGCAUUUUACACGCUAAUGCAAAGCGAUAUCAGAUGCCAUCCAACGACACGUUGGUCGAGCUUGAGGUGACGUGGAGCUGCCAGAAGAUGGUGGCGGUAGUUUGGGAAGCACUUCGUAACAAGGGCACGUGCGUACUGCCGCCACUGGAGGAGCUGCACAUGGAGGCCGCGAUGCAGAGCGCCUAUGCGUACGAGCAGCUUCUGGAGACGUACCCGUCCCGUGUGGCGAGUGCGGUUCUGCGCGGCCCUACGAGCGACGUCGUGCUGCAGCAGCUGAGUCUUGUUCUACCACCGCUCACAAUUCCUAAGACCCAACGGCUACAGCUGCAUGUUGAUGUGCUCCUUCACAACUUCUGCCUGCAUCCCAGUCCAACGGCGUUGGUGCGGUACGCUAGCCAGGUAGGGCACACUCGUCGCAUGACCGUGCAGGCAGUAGUAUCCAACUCGAAGGUGGCGUUGUUGUUGAUACUGGGACCGACUGAAACCGCCGCCGAAGACUCGGCUACAUCUACCGCAGCGCCUGCCGAAGGCGAGACAGCGGUGGUGUCGAUGCAUGCGGGCCCAACUCAGCCUUCGCUGUAUUCCUCACCAUCAGCAGACAACAGUAGUGGCGAGGCGGCGGCCAUUGGAGAAGGGGGCCUAGGUGUCUCUCCUGCCUCAGGAAUAGAGGACCCAAGUUGUGUCGCAGCACGACCCCUCCAGGAGCACUUUGCAGUGCUUUCAAAGGCCAAGGUGAAGCCGGACUACUGCGAAGCGCUCGCCCAGAGGGUGCGCGAUGACCCUGACGCGGAUCCGUACUGCACGGUGCAGUGGCUGUCGCCACCGCUCGAGAUUGAUGUUUCCGUCACCCUCCUCGUGUUAUAG